AUGAAUAAAAAAGACAAAACAUCUGAACUGGCUGAAGGAUCACUACUUGGAUUAUACCUAGGCACCGAAAUGAGUGAAGAACUUCAGCUUAAAAAAACAUCUGUAUCUGACGAUGAUGACUUCAACUAUCAGCUGACGCAAAUACGGCCUGGUAAUUUCCCCGUCUAUUCUACAAAAGUGUUCAUCGGUGGUCUCCUUACGAUGUUGAUCCAGGCAAAGGAUGUAAUCGGUAACUUUUUCAAGCGGUAUGGCCCUAACUUCGUUGAUUGGCCACAUCGUAAUUGCUGUAACGUCGCGGCUCCACGAAACGGAUAUGUGUUUGUCAUAUUCAAAAAUGAGCAUGCAGUUCGUCGACUUAUUUAUGCGAGUGAUAUAAAGCAAGGAAAAUUGUUUAUCGAUAUGAAGGACGGUGACGUACUGGUCAAAACGGUGAGACUCUGGUAUUUGAGUGGUUCGAGUUGUACUCUGCUUGUUUGUGUACCACUUGCUUAUCGAUACUCUGUCUUCGUUGCUGAUAUACCGCGUACUGUGACUACGACGGAAUUGGCACGUCUGUUCGAUAACAUCAUAAACAGUGUGCUCUUGCUUUAUUUUACAUUAACCACAACUGAUGGUCGAAAAGUCAUAUUGGAACUGAGACCAUACAUGCUCGAUCGAAUGUUGUGUGAGAUUUGUUACGAAGCUGCCGGUGUUUACUUGUGCCCUUAUCUUCCUUGUUUCCUCUACUAUUGUGUUUCAUGCUGGAAUUUCAUCUAUCAAUACAGCGGUAUGACGGGUCACAAAUCGGUAUCAAAAAGAAACCUCAGAUUUUUCAAACAGAAUUACAUUUUUCAUCUCCAUAACAACUCCAUGCGGCGCAGAUAUCACCACCGUUUCUAUCUUCUUUGGAUAUUUUACACAAUAAAAAGGGAUUGUUCCCAGUCUCGAAUGUAG